CGCCAGAAUAAUUGGCGCGCUUUCUCCUCGACGAUUCCCAUGGAAGUCACUGCCAACAACUUCUUAGUAUACCAACGUAGCUGUCGAUUGUCGUGUUUCCUAACUCUCUCUGAACACAACUGGAUAUUGCUGCUAAAGUGCUAAUACAUACCACUCCAAGCCAAACACUCUCGUCGUCUUCAUCGAUGGCAUCGCUUCGACAAAAUCGCCGCUCCCAAAUCCGCCACCUUGCUCGAUGCCAUAGUUCUCAUCAUAUCCUUCUUGUCCCCAUUGCCAACACCUCCCAAUUAGCCAUAAAUUUCUGGCCUUUCCGUAUAAUUAUCAUCACCGGCUGCAUUUCUCAGGCUGGUUCGAGAAUUUCUUCAACAAAAACUCGCAAUCAGUACUCGAGGGUCGAAUUUCUCAUGCUGAUUUGAGAAUUUCUUCAGAAAAACUCAUAACCAGUACUCGAGGGUCGAAUUUCUCAGGCUGGUUUGAGAAUUUCUUGAGCAAAACUCGCAGUCAGUAGUUGAGGGUCGAAAAAAAAAUGGAGGAUGUGAAUAUGCCGCGGUAUAGUAAGCAAACGCAGGCCCAGAUUUCGUCUGCGAUGAGGCAAAGAAGAAGCGGUUACGAGCCGUCCGAUGCGGAAACGGAUUGGCCGGAAAGUCCGGCGCGGGAAACGAUAAAAAACGGCGAGGAUACCAGCAGUUUUGAAGCUGAAAAAGCUUUCAAUCUCAGCCACCGGCACGCGGUGAUUCUCCGCCGUGAAACGGCGGCUUCCCCCAUUAAAGCUCCUGUACUGACUAGCCCUCCUCGGAGAAGGCCUAGCAAGUCGCCGUAUAGACCACGCGCCGCCGUUGACGGUGAUGUUCAUAAUCCCCAUAAUACCCUUCACCGUAGCUCUAAUAGAAAUGUUAGCCCUUUUUCUAAAUCUGAGAAUAGGAGGUGGGCAGGGGGGGAGGGUAAUGUUCUUGAUAGUGAAUUCUUUUCAAAAUCUGAACAAAGGAGAAGGAAUAAUAGAGGGAAUGAUUUUCUUGAAAAUGGAACUGUUUUAAGCCCAUAUAGAAAGCAUCAGAAUAAUCAAAUCAAAGUUAAUGAGUUUGGUAGGGCAAAUGAGAAAUCGAAUUUGAGUCGUAGGACUAAUUCGGCUCCUAGAGGAUCAUAUUCAUACCACAAGUAUGAUCACAAGGGGGAGAGAAUAAGAAAAAUGGAGAGGAUAACAGCAACACCCUCCCCAUUGCCAAGGACCUUAAGGGAAACUCCCACCAAGAACAGACCUUCUGUUGGAGAAAUCAAUGAAAUGGUAGGAAAUGCCACGAUUUCGACAACUCCUGCCGGGAACAAUCCUAUGUUUGACAGCACGGGUUCAAUCUCCCCGGGCGAUAUUUUCUUUUCUCGCGAGUAUGCAGCUUUCACAAUGCAGAAGAUUACCUUCCCCAAGACUGGUUUUGCCAGCCCCGUUGACAGCAGAUAUGGUGCAAGGCCUGUUGUGUUCACUGAUAACGGGAAUCUUGAUUCCCUAGACAGAACAGGUUCUGGAAGGCGGAUUUCGUCAAGUAAUUCGAAUUUGAGCUCUGGUGUGAGUAGGCAGAGUAGUAAUCUAAGUGGGAGUACGACCAUGAGUGAGAAAAAGUUCGCAGCGAAUAGACAAAAGAGUCAACGGGCAGAAGGAUUGUUUUCGUGUAUCAAGAGGGGAUAUUGCAGGAGAUCAAGUAGAGAGUCUCCAGAGCGAAGGAGACCAGCUGAUGAAGCUUUGUUUAUCGAGAAGGCGUCUGUAGUUGAGAGCCUGAGACAGUUUUGGGCUGAUAAACAUCGACCUGUUUCGUUGGAUGGAUUUAGUUGCCACAAACAAGAAGCUUUGCUACUUAAACGACUAGCAGCUGAUGAAACGUUAUCGCACAUCUUGCUCAAGGGACCUCCAGGUUCUGGGAAGAAAACAUUAGCGAUGGCUCUUCUACACGAAGUCUACGGGGAUUCCAUUAGCAAUAUAUCACACGAUGUGAGAUACUUCUACGUUCAGGAAACUAAUAAGCCAGUGCAAGUAGUUGUUCCUGUAACCUCGAGUCCUCACCACGUUGAGCUCAAUGUUCAUUUGGAGCGUAAUUCUAGAUAUGCGUUAAUGGCUUUAGUCAAGAAUAUUAGCACUGAAUAUGCAGCUAUCCCGGAGAUCAGCAAGGCUAACAUGAAGGCAGAUUAUAAAGUACUUGUUCUUUAUGAUGUGGAUAAGGCCACGGAGAACAUACAGCACUUAAUAAAAUGGAUCAUGGAUUGUUAUUCGGACUCUUGCAAGCUUGUUCUAUGCUGUGAAGAUGACACGACCAUUGUUGAAUCAGUAAAGAACAGCUGUAAAGUUGUUAAGGUUGAAGCUCCCGUGACUCAUGAAGUCAUGGAAGUUCUGAUUCAGAUUGCGAGAAAAGAAGGUCUUGAACUACCCAUGAGCUUUGCUGCUAAGAUAGCGGCCAAAUCAAAGCAAAACCUGAGCCAAGCAAUUAUGGCUCUUGAAGCCUGCAAUGCACACAAUUAUCCUUUCACCGAGGACCAACCAAUUCCACUGGGAUGGGAAUUGGCCGUACUAGAAAUGGCUGCAGAAAUUCUUGCCGAUCCUUCACCUAAAAGAGUGUUUAGCAUUCGGGGAAAGCUCCAAAAACUUUUGCUGGAGUUUGUGCACCCAAAGUUGAUUCUGCUGAAGCUAGUUGAACAAUUUCUAAGAAGGAUUGAUCCUAGUUUGAGAAGACAAGUUUAUUACUGGAAUGCAUAUUAUGAGAAACGACUGCCAACCGGAACAAGUGCUUUACUGAAAUUAGAAGAAUUUGUGGCCAAAUUUAUGAGCAUAUACAGAAAAAGCUGUGGGAGUCAAUAUGCCCAAUAGUACAUAGAGGAAAGAUGCAGUGCAGGGAAAUAAUGGCUGGAUGCCUUCAUCAGCUCCACCCCAUUUCUCCUGUGAGAGUUGCUGUUGUCUGAUUGAUGUUAAAAAGAAUCCAGAAUGCAGCAUCAGAUCAGAUUGAAUACAGAUUCUAAGUACACAUCCAUCUUAAGAUGUUUCUUCCCUUCUUUUCCUUGUUGAGAUGUGGCAGAGCAUAUUUGAGGGAAAAUGUAUGUGGAAUUGCAUAACAUAUAAAUCCAUUGGUGUUCAAUAGGAGCUUUUCAAAGGUUUGAGGUUUUGGUCUAAUAAUAACACCUUCCUAUAUUUAUAA